AUGGCUGACGCCCUACCUUCCCCGCCGUUUAUUGACAUAGCUGGAAUUCACAACUUCCGUGGCAUAGGCGGCGAACAUGCCGGUCCCGGCCUUGUUUACCGCUCUGCCGACCCCAGUAAAGCGACUAGAACGGGCCUCCAAAAGAUGAGCCAGGAUCUAGGCAUACGAACAGUCUUCGACCUACGUUCCGCGCCAGAAAUAAGGCGAGAGGUCAAAGAAUGGGCCAACGUUGCGGUAGACGAUCCUGAAGUCUUCAAAGAGUACGGCAUCACCCGUGAGUGGGUGCCCGUUUUUGCAGAGAAGGACUAUGGCCCGGAGCAGGUCGCCAUCAGAUACAAAGAGUAUACGCGGUCGGGAUCGGAAGGCUUCGUGAAAGCGUACCAUGACAUCCUCAUCUCAGGCGCGAAGUCCUACAGCAAGAUCUUCCGGUACAUGGCACAGGACAAGCCUAGUCCGCUUCUGGUGCAUUGCACGGCUGGGAAAGAUCGCACGGGAGUGUUCAUUGCGCUCUUGUUCAUGUUGACCGGUGCUUCGGACGAUGAGAUUGCGCGAGAGUACAGUCUCACCGACCUUGGGUUGAAGGAGCUGAAGCCGGUGUUCAUUGAGCGCAUCCUGCAAAAUCCGGCAGUUGGGGCCAACCGGGCGGGCGUAGAAAAUAUGGUCAGCAGCAAGAAGGAGAACAUGCUGGCAACGCUACAAAUGAUUCGUAAGGACUUCGGCAGUGCGGAGGCGUACAUGAAGAAGUAUUGCGGUUUAAGUGAUACCGAGAUCGACAAGGUGCGCAGGAACGUUACGGAAGGCGCCCUGGUGAGCAUGGGUAAAGUAUAGCCUUCAGGUUGCGUCUUCUCAUCCCGCAGGAUAGAGCU